GUGUGUGUGAGGGAGGGCGCUGGCGGGAGCACUACCCCGCGGAAACCCGUGCGGGGUUGAGGCCGGGGCAGCUGCUGGACGGGCGGGCCCGGUGGAAGCCGUGGCGGAGGCGCGGGGACGCGCGGGCCCCGCCCGGGCCGCGGGGACGCGCGGGCCCCGCCCGGGCCGCGGUGCGCGUGCUCCGUGCGCGCUCACGGCGCGCUGUCCAAUGGCGGUCGCGCGGCGGCGCCGUUAGCUUCGCAGGACGCGGCGGCGCUCUCGCUCCGGAUUGGCUGGAAGCGCCGAAGGCCCCGCACUACCAUUGGCUGGGGGCGGCUUGGGGCGGGGCGGAAGCGCGGGCAGGCGGAGGGGCGCGGCCCGGGUGACGGUUGUGGGCGGGGCCGCGGUGGCGCGGCAGCCAAUCAGCGCGGCCGGGAGGGGAGUUCGAAUCGGCGGAGCGGCGGCGAUGGAGUGCGGAGGGAAGAGGAAAAGCGAGGUGCUGGCGGCCGAGGCCGUGUGCUGCCUGAAUCGGGCCAUGGCGACGCUGCGGGACAUCUGGGAAGAGAUCGGUAUUCCCGAGGAGCAGCGCCUGGAGCGCACUGACGCCGUCAGGAAGCACAUCAAGAGUCUCCUGGACAUGAUGGUGGCAGAGGAGGAAAGCCUGAAGGAGCGUCUGCUGAAGGGCAUCGCCCUGUGUCGGAAGGACCUGGACACCCUGUGCAAGGAGCUCCAGCUGGGCUUCUUUGAGACAGAGGAGGAAUGUACCAUCCUGCAGAUGGAGAAGAACCUGCGCACGCGUGUGGAGGCGCUACAGAAGCAGAAGCAGGACCGGAAGCAGGAGCUGAAGGCCCUGCAGGAACAGGACCGAGACCUGUGUGACAUCCUGUGCACAUCUCUGUUCAGCAUCGACAGCGGGAGUGUGCCCAGCCUGGAGGACCUGGACCGCUACCGGCGCCAUGUGGCCUCCCUCAACACCCUGAAGGAGCAAAGGCGGGAAGAAUUUGUCACCAACAAGCGUCAGAUCAUUCUGCUCAUGGAGGAGCUGGACCACACCCCAGACACCAGCUUUGAGCGGGACGUGGUGUGUGAGGAUGAGGAGGCGUUCUGCCUGUCCAAGGACAACAUCAUGGCCCUCCAGAACCUGCUGCAGCAGCUGGAAGCCCGGCGGGCCCUGAACGAGGCGGUGUGCGCGGAGCUGCGCACCAGGAUCGUCGCGCUCUGGGAAAGGCUGCAGAUCCCACAGGAGGAGAGAGAGUCCUCGGCCGUGCACCUGGCUGGGGCCAGAGUCAAAACUAGGAGAGCUCUGCAGCAGGAAGUGGACCGUCUGGAGGAGCUGAAGUUGCAGAACAUGAAAUCCGUGAUCCAUGCAAUCCGGGCAGAGCUGGCUGACUACUGGGACAAAUGCUUCUACAGCCAAGAGCAGAGGGAAAACUUCAGCCCCUUCUAUGAUGAGGAUUACACAGAGACCCUGCUCGAGCUGCAUGAUGCUGAGGUGGGCAAAAUGAAGAUCUACUAUGAAACACACAAAGAUCUGUUUGAGGCUGUGCAGAAGUGGGAGGAGAACUGGAAGCUGUUCCUGGAGCUGGAGAGUAAAGCAACUGACCCCAGUCGCUUCACCAAUCGUGGAGGAAACCUUCUGAAGGAGGAGAAGCAGCGAGCAAAGCUGCAGAAGACGCUGUCUAGGCUGCAGGAGGAGCUGGAGAGAAAGGUCCAGAGUUGGGAGCAGGAGUUCAAGGGAGCUUUCCUGGUGAAGGGGCAGCAGUUCAUGGAGUAUGUGUCAGAGCAGUGGCAGCUGUACCGUCUAGAGAAGGAGAGGGAGAAGCAGGAGCGGCACCUGAAGAAGAGCCAGCAAAUGGAGACGGAGAUGCUGUACGGCAGCACCCCACGGACACCCAUUAAGCGGCGCGUGCUCAGCCCCCAUGGGCCUGCCAAACUCCAUGGCACCUCCAGCAUCAGCGCCACACCCAACAGCACUGUUCGCUCAGUCUUUGGGGGAGCCAUCUCCCACUCGCCCACAUCUCGGCUGCCGCCCUCCGGGAAGAAGCUGGGCUGGGCCCGGACCCCCACCCGCACGGCAGCCAAGCCCCCCCGACCCCGGCUGAGGGAGCGGAACAAGGAAAAUGUGUCCCAGCUGGACGGAACCACCCUGAGCGGUGGGUGCACCCCCACAGCCCCUGCCCAGCGUAACCACAGCAUUAGUUCUGUUGCCAGCACCUAUUCUGAGUUUGCGCGCGGACUUUCAAAGGCUUCCAGCUUUGAAAACACCUCUAAUGUUCUUAACUCCACCACCAACAACGCUGCAUGAUGAAUCCCUGCGCUGGUGAGGCCCUGCUCUGGCAGCAAUGCAGGGCCUGCAGCAUCUCCCACUCCAGGAUAACCCUCCCCUCAGUGACUGCUUUAGAAAUGUGCUUUUAUUUAAAAAAAAUUUCUAGAUGUUGUGAAUAAAGUCCUUGUACAGCCCCCAGCUCCGAAUGUAUUUGCGGGAGUCCCUGGAGGGAGGAGGCGAUGGAGGGGGCGGGGCGACCCCGAACCUGGGGUGUGGCUAGAGGAGCCUCAGCCAAUCAGAAACUGCGCUCAAGCUGCAGCUUUAUUGGCCAGCCCAGUCGAGCCGCGGCCUGAUUGGCUGAAAAAGCUGGCGCUGCGAUUCGUGUGGUCAUUAGCCAAAUAAGGGGAGUCCAAACAUUGCCUGAUUGGCUAAAAAAAACAAAACAAAACAA